GUCCAGUUUUCCCAGUCCAGCUUUUGUGGAUAUUGAUAUCCAUCAUAACGUUUUCUGAGGAGUGACAGCCUGCCAUAAGAGAGCAUAACAGCAGAUACAUGCUUAUCAACAUGAGAGCUGUUGAUUCCGAGACAGACACAGGAAACAGGAGUGAUGCUCAGCAGGACACUGCUCUGGCCAAUGAGACGCAGCUCUUCUCCAUUAUGACGCACUCGCAGCAAGGGCGAAUGGAGGAGCAGCGCUGUGCACUGGAACACAAGAGGACGUCACCAAGUCUCAGCUGCUCAGACGGAACAGCAGACCAAAGACCUCCGGACCAGCAAGCAUCACUUACCUUGUUUGCAGGUUCACAGGGCAUCAGAAUGGAUAAAAAGAGAUACCCUAUACCUCAGAUUGUUCUGACUCCAGGGUCUCCCGCUCCUGGCAGAAGGGCUUGCUCCAGGCCGGCCUCUCCCACCCAGGAGGAUGAAGAGGACCUGGCCAGUGCCACUCUUCCUCGUUCUGCCACCUGUCCUGGAUCAGACACAGUGAGAGAGGGGCUUCAACAGAGCAAUCAGGAGUCCUCUUCAGGGGGAAAAGAGCAGCUCUUCUCUAUGGUCAGUCACUCACAGCGUGGUAGGAUGGAAGAACAGCGAUGUGACCUACAGCGCACCAACAGGACACCACCCGCUUCCAACAACUCAAACACAAACCAUUUAGCUCAGAAUCCUGACGAUUUCUUCAAAAUGGUGGCCAGCUCCCAGAGUCGUCGGCUUGAUGACCAGCGUGUUUGCAUGCGGUCUCUGCCAGGGAUUCAGCCACCCUCCGGUUGCAGCCAACCGAAUAAGAAGGUUGUGACACCAACGGAACCACAUCAUUCAGACAACCUCUGCAAAGCUGUGUCCAGGGCACAGCGUUUCAGGAUGGAUGAGCAGCGUUGCUCUGCUCCUGCCGUGGUGAUGAUGCUGGGCUCUGACAGGCUAGCCAGGAAGACUUACUCCAGACCUGCCUCUCCCACACUAGGCCUCCCAGAGGACUGCAAGCCUCCCAAGAGGUCGUCAUCGUUCAAUGUCUCCUCCGAGCUAGAGAGCGCCAAGUCUUCAACCCAGGGUGCAGAACAAGCGGCUGUGGAUCAGGAGAAGUUCCUCACCAUCAUGAAGCACUCCCAGCGUGGCCGAAUGGACGAACAGCGAUGCUCCCUCAAUCCCAGAGAGAGGAGCUCUCCAGUUCAUACCUCCUCAAGUACAAACAAAGGACAAGAUCCGGACAGCUUAUUUAAACUCUUGGCCAACAGUCAAAACCGGCGGCUUGAUGACCAGCGUGCAACACUCAGCCCAUUGCCAAGCCCAAAUGUGGCCAAGAAAAAUGCAGCGGUGACAGCCCACCAACUAUGUGAGUCUCCUAGGUCUCCUGGUUCUAGGUCCCCUCUUUCCCGGUCUCCAGCUACCCACAGAAAAGCUCGCUCUAGACCCACGUCCCCCACCCAGGCAGAGGCCUCUCACAGGCCCCCUCCCAGGUCCACAACCUUCUGCCCCGUGUCUGACCAAGACAAAAAGCAGUAUCUUGGUACUGAAGCAACUCAAGUGACAUUUCAGGUAUCCAUGAGCUUUACUCCACAACAGAUCCGGAGAAUGCAGGAGAAUGAGUGUGCGCUCCCGGAGGUCUUCCUGACGCUGGGGCCCCCGGGAGAGUCCAUCAGGGUCCCCCUGAGCCCCCUGCCCAGCAGGCCCUCCUCCCUGGCCCUCUCCCCGGGCAGCACGCCCCACCCCUCUGGGGCCUCCCCUAAACGGGCCCACUCCAGGGACCGCCGGCCCCGGCCCUCUUCACCCUGCAGGGCCCCCCCGAAGAGCAGCCCCAUCAGCCCAGACGAGGACUACUUCUCCCUCAUCCAGAGGGUCCACAGCACGCAGAUCCAGAAGGCCGCUGGACGAGGGGAGAGCGGGAGGGGGAAAGGAAAGGGGGAUGGUAGGAAAGAGGGGAGAGAAGGGGCUAAGAAGAAGAGGUGAAUGAUUAGAUUAGUUAUGCUGUAAUGAACAGGACUGUGGACUGUAUGUCAGUUCAUUUCAUAUGACAUUUAUUCCAGAUAUGAAGAUUUUUUAGAUAUGAAUUUAACUGUCUUUGUCCCACCUCUAUUUAUUUUAUGGAAUAUUGUGUGUUGUACUUGUCCAUGUGAAACUGAUUUUGUGAAGUUAUUUUCAUUUUUACCAUCUGGUCAGGACAACUUUGUCUAGAAGUGACCAUAAAUCAUGUGCUGUAAGAUUUGGUGCUGUAAGAUUUUGAAAGUUUUGACAACUGUCGCCUGUUAACUUGU